AGGAAGCCAAAACUGAAGCUUUAAUAGGGUGUGUACCAUUUAGAUGAUUUAUUUUCACUUUAUUUUUUCAUUACAGAAAAAUCGUGAAUUAUUUUUGCUCCUCAUUGUGUGUAGGAAUUUAACUUAAUUCAUGUGGACUUCAGUGACCAGUGUUUUAACUAAUACACAGAAAUCAUCACUGAGUCUCAGCGUUUGCGUCUUCAUAGACAAAAUAAUAUUUCACAUAAGUUUUAGUUAAAGGUAACAGGGAGGUAACGGGGUGUUUUUAGGAAAUAUCUCCCACUGCAGCUCAUCACAUCUCUAAAGUCUGUCAGUCAAAGAGAUCAGGAAAACAUAAAAACAUUUCUCAUUUUUAAAUCAGCUCUGUAAUAAUGAAGUAAAGUAACAAUAUUCACUGAAGAAGUGUGUUUAUGUUUUUGCAUUUUGCCUUGGUUAGGAUGGGUGGGGGUACUCAGUAAGUCACAUGACUUCCUGUGAUUUCUUUUAGAAGAAGUCAGAUGACUUCCUGAGGCUGACUUGCAGGGCUUUAAAAGAGCAGCACUCACAGGGUCUCUGGUCAGUGUUUCUCAUCGUCUGAGCAGGCUGGAGUUUGGCUGCAAGGCAUCGACCAGCUGUAAUUUACUGGAACAUUAAGAUCAGCUGUUGAUCCCUUCCUGGUGUGAUCUCAUCAUGGAUGUCGCCAACACCCUGGUUGAAAAAAUCUUUUCCUUUGUGGCUCUGCUGAAAAAAUGUGCAGACAAGUUGGACAAAUUGGCCAACGAGUUGGAGGAAAAUAAGAAAAAUGUUAAUGUCACUAAAGUUGUUGGUAGUACUGUGUCUGUAGGCGGGGCAGCUGCCAUGACUUUAGCUGGUGUAGCAACCUUGUUCACAGGUGGAGCAGCAUUACCUGUUAUAGCUGCUGGUGGUGCAAUAGCAUCCUGGGUUGGUUUAGCUACCAAUGUGACUACUGAUGUUGUGGAUGCCAUCGUUUCAAGUUCCACCUUAAAAGAGGCAGAAGAGGUCUCGAACAAGAUUAAAAACCUUCAUGCAAAAAUGGAGAAACUUGUGGAGUCACUGAAAAAGGAAGUGCAGAGGAGAGCAGAGGACAAUGGUUCCUGCGGCGAUGUGAUGGAAUACAUCCUGAGAGCAAUGGCCGAACGCAACGGACUGAAACUGCACGACAGUGUCAGCUUAAAAAAUAUCAUGUCUUAUGUCUUCAAAGAUGUGAUGUCUGUGGAAGCUCUUUUUCAUCAUACUCUGCUGUCAAUAGGCCUGUCUGUCCUUUCCCAAGCAGCCAGAGGAGCAGGAAAACUUGUGGCUGAACGUGUGGGAGGAAAAGCAGCAGGGAAGGCGGCAGGGCAAGCAGCAGGGAAAGCUGUAGGACGGAUCGCAGGAGGAGCGGUUGGACUCGUGUUCUCAGUCCCAGAGCUCAUUGAGAACUGCAAAAGCCUGGACUGCUGUCAGACAGAUGCUAGUAAGAACCUGAGAGAGAAUGCUGAAUCCAUACGUGCCGACUCCAAGGCGAUGCAAAGGGAACUUGAAAAAAUUGAAACAAUAUUUCGGAGGCUCGCCAGAGUUAAACACUGCAUUGAAAACCCACUGAGGAGCAGAGCUGACAGGGAAUUUUUAAUAGAGUUUGUACAGGAACAGUGUAAAGAUCAGGAACAAUCUGAAGUUAUCCAGAAAUGGCUGAUAGAAAACGUAGAGUCUCAAGUCCUCUUUCAACUUGUGGACAUGUUUAAUUGUAUAAGAGAAAAGAUUGAUGAAGAAAAAAAGAAGAGACGAAGAAGAAAAAGGCCCGUUCGUAUCACCUUUGUAGCACAUGGAGAAAUAGACUCUGCCUACAUGAUCCCAGCCGGCUGUUUGAUGCCACUAUCCUCCAUCACAGAUGUAGUCUUGUAUUCUCCCUGGAACUGCUAUAUUACUGCUGAUGCAGCCUAUGGUAUCGCUACAGGGCUCAUAAGGCUGAAGGACAGAAUUUUUUUCUGUGCUGAUGAAGAAUGCUGUCGACAUUUUCAAAAAAACCAUCGUCCUGAUGUUCUGCCAGUGAGGUGGAAUUCAAUGCAGCGUGAGCAUCGUGUCAUUCCAAACAUUAAAGUGAGCCCAAUGAAUCCACCAGAAGAUGAUGCAUAUAUUCGGUUUAAGUUUUUGGAGGAGACACACGGGGCGCCUGGCCCAGACUACGUUACAGUUCUGUAUUUGCCCCCAGGACCGCACUGUGUCCCAUUCUACAUUAUCACUCAAGUCUUGUCCCUGGUGCUCUUUUUCUGCGAUUAUGAAGCCAGCCUCCAUCUUGCUGCCUGUCUGGGUGACACAUGUACAUCCACCCGUUACAUGUACAACAAGAAUUGUCUGAAGUUGCAAUAUGCCUACACUAUUGACAACACAGGAAUGACGAUUAGGUCGGACAAGUUUCCCAUCAGAGACCCUGAGCUGUACUGGGCUUUGAAGGCUCUCUUUGGCUCCACAUAUCCCAGGCGUUAGAGCUCGUGGCACUGUAGGACAAAUUGGAGAUUCAGUUAAUGAGCUCAGUUCAUUUUAUCUUUAAAGAUUACUAGGUGGGACAUGAAGGUUUGAUUUGAAAACAAAAGCUGAAUUCCUAAUGAGCUCUAGUCUCCCACAUGUGGACGUCACAGGUUUUAAACAUGAUGUGUGACACUCGGAAUCACAGAGUCUUGCUCAAAGAUGAGUCCUGGAAAAAUAAACCGUAAUCAUCCUUUGCUCAGCUCUGUAGGGAGUUAUACAUUUGUGCUGGAUUGUUUGUUUUUUUUCAGCUAUAAUACUUAACUUUAAUAACAUUCAAUAACCACAUUUACAAGAGGGAGGUAAGGAAAGAGGAAGUAAAUUCACACACACACACGUGGCUUAUUAAUAUGUAAUAUUAUAUUCAAGUUAAAAAAAAUUUAAAGAUUGAUUUCAACUGAAAUGCUUUAUGUACAGUUAUUAACCCUUUUUCAAUAAUUAUAGAGUUUAUUUACACAAGGUGUAAAUAUAAACCUUCGAUGUGAUCAAGUGCACCAGCUCAGCAGCUGAGGUUAAGAAGCUCGACUGCAGAGAAACUCUGAUGUAAUAAUUCCUAAAAUUAUUGAGUGUUUAUUUGUUGAAGUGGAUCUUCAUGAAUGAUGAACUAAACAGUUAUGCAGAUGCAUUAAAGGUUGCACAUCUAUAUUAUGAGUCAUUAUGUCAUUUUUCUUUUGUCACGUUAAGUUUUUGAAAAGUUGUGGAAAAGAAACUAACAUGACUGUUUGAAUCUGGUUUGUGUGAUUGCCGUGUUUUUGACCCAGUUUCUGAUUAUUGUGUUGUUACUCAUCCUUUUGGAUGUCUGUUUUCAUACUUUAGCAUUAUAUAAGUUCUCUCUUUGUUUAGUCGUUAGUUGUGUAUUUUCUGAGUUUUCAUUAUUUACUUUUCUAUCUCAGUGCUUCUUGUUGUUCAUGUUUGAUCCUUUGGUUUUUUUGUCUGCCUCUGUAUCAUCUGUGUCUCGGUCACAUACUCGUGUCUGUCUCCUUUCUCUGUUCUGCGUCGUGGAGCCAAGCUUACAUGUGUUAGUCUCAGUCUCAGCGUGUCUUUCUUGUACUUCCUGUUUUAUUUUGACAGUCUUCUGUAAUGUGCCCUUUGUGCUCAGUUUUGCUUAACCUGUUCAGGGUCCUAGUUUUGCCUGUUUCAGGUACAGUUUCAACAUUUUGUGUAUUUGAGUUUGUUCAAUCUGUUUAUUAGCAAAUAAAUCUGUCUCUCUGAGUUCACUCAGUUUCCGAGUCCUGCAUGUGGCUCCUCCCCUUCCUACAACACAGUAUUACAUGACAUUUAAAAUGAUUUUGAUCUUUUGGAUUUCUCUCUUCAAUUUAGCACAACAGGAAUGUAAUUUUCACCGCUCUUAAUGCAGUUCUCGUACAGUCACCUGUACAAAGACACUUCAGCAAUCAAAACCUUUUUCAGAACAUGUAAAGUUGGUCAGUUUAGCUCUGUGAUGAAUCAAUAAAAGACUUUACGACUUAGA